CAGUUCAAAGAAGAAAUCCAAGUCCAAAGUGAUCAAGCCCAGCGAGAAGCUAGAAAAGGAGAGGAACUUAAAAAGGAGUUGAGUCAAGCAAAGAGCGAUUUAGAAAAUAGAACUGCUGAGCUGAAGACAAAAGCAGGAAACCUUCAACGUGCACAGGAAGACAUCACAAAACUUGACCAGGAACUCAAGGAACAGAGGGUAAAUUUGUUAAGAGUUUCUAUUCAAUUUUCAUUUGUCUUGAAACGUUCAUGUCAAUAUUCGCGUCAUAGAAAAAAAGAACUUUUAGGCUUCCCUUGGUCAUGGAUACUUCUUUAAUUAGAGAGGAAUGGCUUUCAAGUGUUGAUGAUAAUAUUUGAUUUAUUUUAGAUAGUGAAUGAAAACGCUAUGGAGUACACAGAUGUGUUGAAUGCUCGCCUAAACAAAGUCCAGCAAGAUUUUGAUCAGCAACUUGUCAGCAUCAAUCGGCUGGCCACGGAAAACGAAGAGAAAGCUGCCGAGUUGAAGGCAAAGGAAGAUGAGAUAAACGGGCUGAGACAAGAAAGACUGCACCAAAGAGCAAUGGCAGAAGCCAUCCAGAGAAAGCUGAGAGCCAUUGAGGAUCUGAAGAUUGAGGUUGAACAACGAGAAGAAACUCUUAAAGGACAAGUUUCUGACUUGAAAAAAGGUAAGUGGAAUGAUGGUAUGAAAAGAAAAUGUUUGUGUUUUUUAAAAAUUAGGCAGAUCUCGGACAUAUCUGGCUUUCCCUUUUCCUCAGUUAUAGAGUAGCCCCAACAAGGCAAAGUCACCUUAAUCGUGAUUUUGCGUGUAGAUUUAAGGGACUUACAAAUAUAGACAAGGUCAACUACAAAUUGCAGCUUUUUCCAAGUAUUAUCCUGUUAAAUAAGUUAUCUUUGUUGUAUGAUUAAUACAAAGGUGAGCUGCAAUUUAUGCAACGGCAGGAAAGAAGCCUUUCCAGUCUCUCAGACACUAGUUGUGUGCAACUACAAACUGAGCUAAGAAGCCACACGCUGGGAGCGGGGCACAAUUUAAAGGAUUCUCAUAAUAAUGAACUUUUAGUCCAAUGUUAAAAAUAGAGAAUAAUAUAUGGGUGCACAUUGAUAUGGAAUUUCUCUUCGAGUGUUCAACUUGAGAAGAGAAUUCCAUAUCUACAAUUAACCGUGUAAUAUAUGGAUUUAGCCAAGCCUAAAAGCGGAGCUCGCAUUUUUUCUUUCCCGCAAGUUUUUUGCCUUUUCCCUCAAGGGCACAACGCCUUGCCCCAGAACUAGAACCCGGGUCGUCCGACUCGAGAAAAUUCUGACAAACGACCUUGGAUUGAGAAUGGUCAAGGCUUUAUUGUUCAUUCAUCAACCUAACAGAGUGGCGAGAAAGGCGAGUGACGUGCUAGCAGCUGAUUGGCGAUAUUAAACACAUGUGAAAAAAUAUCGUAUCUUUUCACAUGUGUUGUUACGGCUUUUCUCAGGGCUGGAAAUCCUAGUAUAACACCAUAGUUUAUAUGAUAAAUUAUGUUAUUAUUCAUCGUGGUGAAUAACUUGAUAGAUGUUUACUCGUUUGUCUUAUGAUAAAGAGUCAGGCGACCAAUUCAUAUUGAUAGCCUGACUCUAUAUCUUGAGAUAAACGAGGAAACAUCUAUCAAAUGUUUUAGUUCUUGUUAAAAGUUGAUGUAAUUACAAAUCAUGAUAGUUAGAUUGUUUGACAUACUUAGAAAUUAAGAUUACUUAGAUGAGAUUUAAACUUUACAAUCUAUAGAAUUUUUCUUCCUUUAUCUUAAUCAGACCUUGAAUCAACCAGGAAGCAGGCUGAAGCAGAUAAAAAAGCCAUCGAUGAUCUUGUCUGUGCAAGGGACAUCCUUAACAAGGUACUUCACCCUUGUCAAUUUUACUCUUAAUCUGAGCUUGAGUGUUUUGGGUUUUGGCUUUUAGAAGAGGAUGUUAUAUCUAGUAUUUACUUUUAUUUUAGUUUAUCAAUCUUUUAAAAAGUGUCCAAAUUCUGUUAUAACUAUAGAAACACUGAUGUUUGAUUAAAAAGGGAAUGUGGAUUUUGGAUGAAACAUCGUUCUUUUUAUGAAAAAGGUCAUCGCUUAGAUAAUUCUCCUUAGGUGGGCUAAAAACAGGACCAGGACCUCAUCCUGUUUGCUGCGUUAUAAAUGCACUUGAGGUAUUGCUAUUUCCCCUGAAUCGAAUGUUUGUCCAUUGCAGGUUACCCUCCUCCCACCCCUCCCUGGACUGACUGCUAGUCCAUUACAGGUUACUCUCCUCCCACCCCACCCUUAGGAGGUCUUAAGGCACCUUAAGGCAUCGCAAUUUUUCUCAUCCUAUGUUAUCGAGUAUAAUUAAUAAGAGAGAGGAUUUGAGUUUGUCUUUGUGCUUAAAUACACACAGGAGGAGAUGGAAGCAAAAGAAAAAAUGAAAAUGUAAGUACUACAGGUUGUCUCAUUCGUUGCAUUAGCACCGUGCUUUUUAAGUGCUUUCAUGUCUCCCGAUCUUGCUGCAAAUGUAUAAGCUCGGGAGUUAUACCUGUGUCAACUUGUGGUUAAUGUUUGCUUACCUGAAAAAUACUGAAAUGAGUAAACAACAGCUAAGUCUGUCUUAGAGUCAAAUUUUGGCAUCGCAAGCUGUCGGAUUAUUCGCACACAAUCAAUUAUCAAUCAAUCAAUUUGGGAAGUUAUAACCUUCCCCCUUAUUUUAGACCCUGCAGCACCCCUUUGCCUUUCUCGUAAUAUUUAAUUCCUUGUUAAAAAUUAACACUACUUCUAGAAUUAGUAAGAGCCAUAAACAUUUCUAUUUGCUUGAAAAGAUUUGGUUCACAUAUUUUCCCAAUUUUAAAGUAUUCCCUAACGCUAUAAGUGUUAAGGAGCUCCAGUAAAAUGACACAAAAUGAUAUUUUGUUUGUCUUCGUGAAGUGAUAUCACAGAGUGUUGUAAAUUUUUUUUCUUCUUUUUACAGAGAAUUUGAGAAAUUAGAAAGAAACUUCGCCAUCUAUCGCCUGGAGGUAAAAUAUCUGUAA